AUGUCUCAUCAUGUAGCCAUUGAUGGCUAUUGCUCUUUGGAUACCAUGACUAGGCAUGGUGUAGGUUUCCAAAAGCAGAAGAAAAGACGCAGCUUGGGAAAAGAUUUCCAGCAGUAUCCAUGGCAGAGUCCAGCUGUUUCUUUUGGCAGCUUUGGGAGAGGAGCUCAGCAAUUUGGACCAACCAUAAGUAUACUAAAAUGCAAGAAUGAUGAAUCCAAGUGUCUUGUAGCAGUGAUUGUGAACUCUCAGUGCAGCUACUCAAUAGGAUUUCUAGAUAUAGCCAAGCAUGGUGGGGUUUACCCUUCCUUUGCUCCUGUGCAAGUGGAUCCGGAUACACAGCAGGGCCUCAAGGAGAACCAGAUGAUAGCACAGAUGGCAGAUGACAAAUCUGGCAAGGGUUACAGUCUCUCACCCAGAGAUACCCAGAACACAGCUCCAAGAAUUGAAAAAGAAAAUUGCAGUUUUAGUGUGUCAAGGAUAAUUCAACAAAUUUGUGCUGGCACUGAGAACAAACUGAGCUCUCUGUCUGACCUUGAACAACAGUAUCGUACAUUACGAAAAUAUUAUGAGAACUGUGAAGUGGUAAUGGGCAAUCUAGAAAUCACCAGCAUUGAACAUAACAGAGACCUCUCCUUUUUACGGUCUAUCAGAGAAGUGACUGGCUAUGUCUUGGUAGCUCUGAAUCAAUUUGAAUACCUUCCUUUGGAAAAUCUGCGGAUCAUUCGUGGAACAAAACUGUAUGAAGAUCGCUCUGCAUUGGCCAUCUUCCUCAAUUACAAAAAAGACGGGGGUUUUGGACUGAGGCAGCUUGGGCUGAAGAACUUGACUGAAAUCUUAAAUGGAGGAGUAUAUGUUGGCCAGAACAGAUUUCUUUGCUAUGCAGAUACCAUUCAGUGGGAAGAUAUUGUUCGCAACUCUUUGGCUUCCAAUUUCUCUGUGGUUCCAAAAAACAGUAGUACAGACUGUGGACAGUGUCACAAAUCCUGUGAAAAUCGAUGCUGGGGACCUUCAGCAGAUCAGUGCCAAAGUUUAACAAAAGUGGUGUGUGCAGAGCAGUGUGAUGGCCGAUGCUAUGGGCAUUCUGUCAGCGAAUGUUGUCAUCGAGAAUGUGCAGGAGGCUGUUCCGGACCCAAAGACACUGACUGCUUUGCUUGUAUGAAUUUUAAUGACAGUGGCGCCUGUGUCACACAAUGCCCACAGACUUCAGUCUACAAUCCUGCCACAUUUCAGAUGGAAACCAACCGAGAUGGCAAAUAUACUUAUGGUGCUUUUUGUGUCAAAAAGUGUCCACACAACUUUGUGGUUGAUAUAAGCUCGUGUGUACGUGCCUGUCCGAGUCCCAAGAUGGAAGUAGAGGAAAAUGGAAUUAAGACAUGUAAACCAUGCACUGACAUUUGUCCUAAAGCAUGUGAUGGCAUAGGUACAGGAAGUUUGAUGUAUGCUCAAACUGUAGACUCCAGUAACAUUGAUAAAUUUAUCAACUGCACCAAGAUCAAUGGGAACUUGAUCUUCCUUGUCACUGGAAUUCGUGGGGAUCCAUAUCACACAAUUGAAGCAAUUGACCCGCAGAAUUUACAUGUCUUCCAAACAGUGAGAGAGAUAACAGGAUUCCUGAAUAUACAAUCCUGGCCUGAAAAUAUGACAGAUUUUAGUGUGUUUUCAAAUCUGGUAACUAUUGGUGGACGAGCACUAUACAGUGGUCUUUCCUUGCUUAUUCUCAAGCAGCAAGGAAUUAAAUCUCUCCAGUUCCAGUCCCUGAAGCACAUCAGUGCUGGGAAUGUUUACAUAACUGACAACAGUAACUUAUGCUACUAUCAUACCAUCAACUGGACCAGCCUUUUCAGCUCACCUAACCAGAAGACUGUCAUCCACAGAAAUAAGAAGGCUGAGAACUGCACUGCAGAAGGGAUGAUAUGCAGCCAUUUAUGCUCAAAAAAUGGAUGUUGGGGGCCAGGGCCAGAUCAGUGUUUAUCAUGUAAACACUUCAUCAGAGGAAAAACCUGUGUAAAGUCUUGUCACCUUUAUGAAGGGGAAUACAGAGAAUUUGCAAAUGGUUCAGUUUGUGUGGAAUGUGAUCUGCAGUGUGAGAAGAUGGAUGGAAACAGAAUAACUUGUAGGGGGGCUGGACCAGAUCAUUGUACCAAAUGCUUUCAUUUUAAAGAUGGCCCCAACUGUGUUGAAAAAUGUCCUGAUGGUGUACAGGGGACAAACAGCUUCAUAUUCAAGUAUGCGGAUGAGGAUCGUGAAUGUCGUUCUUGUCACCCAAAUUGUACCCAAGGGUGUAGAGGCCCCACUAGGCAUGACUGCAUUUACUAUCCGUGGACACGCCAGUCCACAUUACUCCAGCACGCUAGAACCCCCCUGAUUGCUGCCGGAGUGAUUGGAGGACUCUUCAUUAUCGUCAUUUUGGGCCUUACAUUUGCAGUUUACGUGAGACGUAAGAGCAUUAAAAAAAAGAGGGCUUUACGAAGGUUCCUGGAGACCGAGCUGGUAGAACCUUUGACUCCAAGUGGCACAGCACCCAAUCAGGCACAACUACGCAUUUUGAAGGAAACUGAGCUAAAGCGUGUCAAGAUCCUUGGAUCGGGGGCCUUUGGAACUGUCUAUAAGGGCAUUUGGGUUCCUGAGGGAGAGAGUGUGAAGAUUCCUGUAGCAAUUAAAAUACUGAAUGAGACAACUGGUCCAAAGGCUAAUGUGGAGUUUAUGGAUGAAGCACUUAUAAUGGCAAGUAUGGACCAUCCACAUCUGGUUCGGUUACUAGGGGUCUGUUUGAGCCCCACCAUCCAGCUAGUUACUCAGCUGAUGCCCCACGGUUGCUUAUUAGACUACGUUCAUGAACAUAAAGAUAACAUUGGUUCCCAGGUUUUGCUGAACUGGUGUGUUCAGAUAGCCAAGGGAAUGAUGUACCUGGAAGAGAGGAGACUGGUCCAUCGAGAUUUGGCAGCACGGAAUGUCUUGGUGAAGUCUCCAAAUCAUGUAAAGAUCACAGACUUUGGCCUGGCUAGGCUACUGGAAGGCGAUGAAAAGGAAUAUAGUGCUGAUGGUGGAAAGAUGCCAAUAAAAUGGAUGGCUCUUGAGUGUAUACAUUAUAGAAAAUUCACACACCAAACAGAUGUUUGGAGCUAUGGUGUCACCAUUUGGGAGCUUAUGACCUUUGGUGGAAAGCCUUAUGAUGGGAUUCCAACAAGAGAGAUUCCUGACUUGUUAGAGAAAGGAGAGCGGUUACCACAGCCUCCUAUCUGUACCAUUGAUGUUUACAUGGUAAUGGUGAAAUGUUGGAUGAUUGAUGCUGAUAGUCGGCCCAAGUUCAAGGAGCUGGCUGCUGAAUUUUCUAGAAUGGCUCGGGAUCCUCAAAGAUAUUUGGUCAUUCAAGGGGAUGACCGCAUGAAGCUACCUAGCCCAAAUGACAGCAAAUUUUUCCAGAAUCUGCUGGAUGAGGGAGACCUGGAAGACAUGAUGGAUGCUGAAGAAUAUCUUGUCCCUCAGGCAUUUAAUAUUCCUCCACCCGUCUAUACUUCAAGGACAAGAAUUGACUCCAACAGGAGUGAAAUUGGACACAGCCCUCCUCCUGCCUACACCCCUAUGUCAGGAAAUCAAUUUAUCUACAGAGAUGGAAGUUUGUCUACAGAACCAGGAGUUUCUUUGCCAUACAGAACAGCCAUACCAGGCAUAGCUCCAGAAGCUCCCAUCAGGCAAGGAGCUGCUGAGAUCUGUGAUGACACUUGCUGCAAUGGCACUUUACGGAAACAAGUGGCAAGUCUUUCACAAGAUGACAGUAUCACUCAGCGGUAUAGUGCUGACCCAACGGUUUUUAUCCCAGAGCGAGGGCCAAGAACUGAGCUGGAUGAAGAAGGGUAUAUGACUCCAAUGCCAGAAAAGUGCAAAACAGUCAAUUGUAGAGAAAGGAAAAAGGUUCUAGUGAACUUAGGUCAUCUCCUCUUGGGUAAACAAAGAGCCACCUUCUUACCACUAGAAGUUCGAGACCUGUUGGGCGAUUAUCACAACAGCCAAACUGGGCAGUCCAAAGUCGAGGAUGAAUAUGUGAAUGAGCCCUUGUACCUCAACACCUUUGCAAACACAUUUGAAAAUGCAGAGUACCUGAAGAAAAAUGGGCUUCCAUUGCCAGAAAAGCCCAAAAAGGCAUUUGACAACCCAGGUUAUUGGAAUCACAGCCUGCCUCCACGAAGUACCCUACAGCAUCCGGACUACCUGCAGGAAUACAGCACAAAAUAUUUUUACAAACAAAAUGGAAGGAUCCGGCCCACUGUGGCCGAGAAUCCCGAAUACCUCUCAGAGUUCUCCUUGAAGCCUGGCAUGAUGCUUCCCCCUCCACCCUACAGACACCGAAACACCGUAGUGUAA